UAAAACAUCGCCUUCCGGGGUCUGUCAAAAUCCUUCGUCAUUUGCGGGCGCUAAACAGAAUUUCGAUUUCGUAAACAAACUCCGCACGAACGCCUCGAAGCCAAAGAUAGAAAAGCGUCCAGAAACGGCCUCCCAGCAGCCAGAGGACACAGCGUACUGCAAUGGAAAAGGAAAACAAAAGCUCAGCCACGGAUAAUGGGCGAAAACCGGCUGGAAACAACUUGCAAUCGCUACCCACCCGCCAGUAUUUGGACCAAACGGUGAAUCCCAUCCUGCUGCAGGGCCUGAAAGUGUUGGCCAAAGAAAGACCCCAGGAUCCGGUGCAGUAUUUGGCCAACUUUUUGCUGCAAAACAAGAACCGCGUUGAGGAAAGCAACGGAGCCAGUACGGAAGAUACGCAAUAAAUAGCAUGCGAUAAGUAAUGGA